UAAAAAUUUCCUGGCAUGCCUUUUUUUUGGGGGGGGGAAUUAAUUUCAGCCCCUGCUGCCAUGAAGCCUGAGGUGUCAGUGAAAGAAACGGCAGCCAAGGAGUUCCUAAGCAGCUUGAGACGCCAGAGGCGCCAGCUGUGGGACAGGAGCCAGCCCGACGUGCAGCAGUGGUACCAGCAGUUCCUCUACCUGGGGUUCGAUGAGGCGAAAUUUGAAGAUGACAUCUCCUACUGGACAAACUUAGGGCGCGCUCGUAAUGAAUACUAUGGUGGAUACUACCAACACCACUAUGAUGAAGAUUCACCAAUUGGCCCACGAAACCCACACACCUUCAGGCAUGGAGCAGGUGUCAACUACGAUGAUUACUAAUGCCAUUUAUCCUACUGUAGCUGGUGCCUAUCGGGCUGUGCUGGGUGAGGCUGAGUCCUCCCUCAGUCAGAAUGAGCCUGCUUUCCUUCUAUUAAUGUAAACCAGCAAGAGUAAAGGAAGUGCCUGACUU